AUGUCGGUCCCCGUUGAACCCUUGGUCCCCUCUGUCGAGGAUGCUCGGUCGGCCGCUGCCGUACCCUUGGUAGUGGCUGGUGGGAAGACUGGUACUGCAGUAAUCAAGGACAUUGCUCAGGCCCCCGGGCUGAUUACCAUGUUAAAUUCGGCCGUGCGUUUCGUGGAAGCCACAUGGACUGCUUCCAAGGUCGAGCGUAACAAAGGUGCCACCAACUUGUGCUUCGAGAUCCGCAAAGCCUACCACAACAUCCACAAUGCGCACCCUCAAAACCUUUCCUUGCAUACUCGGGAGUUCCAAGUGAUCCGCGAGAUCUGUCGUUUCAUCCAGGAAGCACGCAAUGCACCUAAAAGCGAGGGACCAGCACCGACCAGUGCUCCACCAUCCGCAGCCUUCUCUGCGGGCAGCACUGAGUCUACUGCUGUGGUCGUUUCUACGCCCAUCAUUGCGCCGCCCGUUGUCCCUGUAGGUCCUGUUACAGAGGCACCCGUGCGACCCUCCAAAUCCAAGAAACACAAAGGCAGUAAGGCCCCAAAGUCCAAAGCGAUCAUCGACUCUGAAGAUGACAUCGAUGAGGUUCGUCGUGGUGCGGUUGGCGCAUGGUAUACUAAGCUUAUCCGUGACCUCCAGGCAAUGUCAGUUGAUGAUAGCUCUGUCGAGAUCAUCACCUGCAAUGUGGCCCCGAGUGAAGGUAGCUCAAAAGCCCCCAAGCGGGCUGAGACCAUGUUAUUAUCGUAUGAGGAUGCCGGUGUUGACCCAUCCACCCCUCAAGCCGCUAAGGCUCGUCACUAUGCAAAUAAAAAGGCCCGGCAGGAGAUUCCUCCUGUCCUCCAUGACCCCUCUCCCAACUUUGAAGUGCAGGCUGCAGAGCGACGCCUCGCACAACUCCGUUUAGAGCAAGCGGAUUACGAAUUUCGCGUAGCGUUUGCACAGCAACAGCUGGACACCACUCUUCAACACAUUGCCGAACAACUUCGCAUCGUGAAGGGCAAAGGUCCUGUAGUUUAA